AAACUUUCUCACAUUUUCAUCACAUUGCCAUUCUGUCACCCAAAAAAAAAAUCUUCACACUUUCUAUAUUAUCGCUCUCUAACUCUUUCUGUUGCUUUCACACUCUCACAAAACAAUGGCUCGCCGAAGCUCUGGCGGUGGUGGUGGAAGGUCAAGUUCCCGAAGCUCCCGCCCUGCAGCCCGUGCUGCACCAAGUAAUACUCCUAAGCCAGCGGCUGCUGCUCCUCCUCGUCCAGUGCCUGCACAAGGUCAAAGUGGAUCCGUAAUGGGAUCACUUGGUGCCACUAUUGCAGAUGGCUUGGCUUGGGGUACUGGUACUUCUAUUGCUCACAGAGCCAUGGAUGCUCUGAUGGGUCCUCGUGUCAUUAAGCAUGAGACUGUUGCUUCAUCAGCUUCUGAUGUUCCACCAGCUCCAAAUACAAACGGUGUUGGAAGUUCUACUGUUUGUGCUGAUCAAUCCAAGGCCUUAAUUGAUUGCCUGGAAGGUUAUGGAAGCGACAUAAGCAAGUGCCAGUUCUACAUGGACAUGCUGCACCAGUGCCGCAAAAACUCAGGCACCUUGAGUGCUUGAACUUGAUCAUGAUGAAAUCUCCCUCUAGUUUUAAAUCACUGAAGAAUGCUAGUAGUGUCAGGUUAUUUUGUGUGUUCCAGUUAAGAGGAUGGACCUGAAUAUUCUCUGGUGGAACUUUAUCAUGUUCUGAAGAAUAACUACCUAGAAACUCUUUUGAGUCUAUUUAGUAGACUUUUGCUUAUGUGAUAUUUUGCCUGAAUUUUUUGAAUCCUGUCCAGCAUGUCCAUUGUCCGGCAUAACAUUUUUAAGGGACCUACUUGAUGUUGAGCUGAAAAUCAAAACUUGGAACUUGUUUACAGGAGGAAACAAGAGGGUACUGAACGUUUUUAAUAAAUUUACACAACUUGAUGAAAA